UAGGUCUAGCGUGGAGGAGCUGCAGCGGAGUGUGCAGUCCAAAGCCAAGGAAGCGGCCGUCACAGAGAUGUGGCAGAAGUUGGCAGCGUCACAAGCCGACUGGGGCCAGCAGCUGGAGGCUUUGGACCACCGCUGCAUGUCAAGGGAAGAGGAGGUGAACGGCCUGCGGAUUGCGUCGGAGGAGAGGCGGGCAGCAGAGGCAACAGUGAGGAAGGAUGUGCGGGAGAGGCAGGUGCGAUGGGGGUGUUUAGAGGUGGUGUCCGAGGAGCUGGACGAGCUGCGCCAGGCCAAAGAGGUCAGCCUGUGACUUUCCAAAAGCACUUCCUGUGCUCACUGUGCGUAUCAGGCCAUAGUUGGGCUUGCUGCAUGCCGCUUCCCCCUUCCCUCUCCCUACGCACCACCCCAAUUCCCUCCUUUCCUCUCCAAUUUCUGUCCCCCCCAACAAAACCUUUAACACUUGUAUCCAGAACCAACAGGUGGAAGCCAGUGACAUGGUGCAGGCUGAGCGCAGCCUUUCACGGCAAGUUGUGGAUGCAAGAGAAGUGGCAGUGGCGGACACGGAAGAACACC